CCGUAAUAUUUCAGACAACCCUCUCCCGCGCUAACUCUCUCUCUCUCUCUCUCUCUCUCUCCGUUUCUUCCAUUUCCAGCGACGAAGUUUCCAUCUUCCUUGUCAAUCUCGUCGAUUAAUGGAUUAAUCACCUUGAAGGGGAAUAACCCACAAGCAGAGGAAGAAGAAGAGGAGGAGGGAGACCAAUCGGGAGAUGUUCUACUCACAGACAUUCUUGGGCCGGAAGGGGCCAUUGGGGACGGUAUGGUGCGCCGCCCACCUGCAGCACCGCCUCAAGAAGUCCCACUACACCUCCACCGACAUCCCCAAGACCGUCGAUUACAUAAUGUAUUCGGAAGUGCCGAUUGCUUUGAGAAUGUCCGGGCACCUUCUGCUCGGUGUGGUCCGCAUAUACUCAAAGAAGGUCGAGUAUUUAUUCAAGGACUGCAAUAUUAUCUUGACCGGGUUGAGCAAGCUCUUCACUUCUUCACUGGACCUCAAUCUGCCCGAGAAUGCUCAGCAGGCCUCAGUUCAUGCAGUCACACUGCCCAAUACGUUUGAGCUCAAUGAACUGGAUUUGGAUGAUGCCCAUUAUCACGAGGCUGAAGACAGUCAUCUUAGGAGUCAGGAGGAGAUUACUCUUACAGAUCAAAUUCCGAACACAGUGGAACCUUUUGUUGCAAUCACUUUUGAUGAGGAUUGCUUUGGCACAUCACUAUCUGCAGAGCGUCAAAAUUCAGGUGUCCGGUCGAUUGAGGAAGACAGGCUUAACAUUGGUGUUGAAGCAAAUGAUCCACCAUUAAGAGAUCCGGUUCCUAGUCACCAAAGUGAAGCGCACGAUGGUGAUCCUCAGGAAGAAGCACCUAUGAGAGAUCUGGAUCCUAGUCACCAAAGUGAAGCGUUUGAUGGUGGUCCUCAGGAAGGAAAACCUGAUGCAGGAGUUCACUUAGACUGUUCUACGCCGAGUGUACCUGAGAUUGAGGUUAUGCGUGAUGCAGACCAUGAUCUGAGGGCAGGAAGCCCUUUUAAUGUGCCAUUCCAUCUAGAUGAUCUGAUGGAAACUGAGCCAGUUAUGAAUGAGAAGGAGACGCCUCCUCCUGAUGCGAUGGAAGUGGCAACUCUGAGGGGGCCCUCUCCUGUAGAUCAGCAGCGUUUGGGUCAACAGAGCUCUGGUUCUGAUAGAGAGGCUCCUGAGAAUUUUGAUGGUGACAAUUCUUUGGGACCCAACUUAGUGAUUGGAUCAAGUCCUCCUCAAAUGAAUAUCCGACCAAGUCCGCAGGUUGAGCAGCAGCCCCAACCCAGGCAAAGGAAAAGAAAGCAAUUCUAUGAUGGAGUCGUUGUGUUGACAAAUGGGUUUAUGAGAAAGGCACUCAAUGAUACCAGUGAUAUAUUACGCAAGAGGAAGCCAAAUUCCUCUCUGUUGGAUUUGUGGAAGUUGAGUAAAAGGCAAAGGAAGGAGCAGAUCUUUGAUCAUCCCUUGAUAACUGGCAUGUGUGAGGAUCUUGUAGCCGCGUCAAAUAAAGAAUAUGUGUCCAAUAAAGCAUGUUCAAUUCGUUCUGCUGAAGUCCCUCCUGAAGCAUUGGUAACAGAGGACAGCACAGCUCCCUUCACAGAAGAAUGCAUUCCUGAUAAGACGGUUGUAAGUUCUCCUGAUGGAGAUCAGGCCCUUGAUCUGGAGAUCGAACGGCUACGGCAACAUGAUGAGAGUGGCACCGGUCCUGGGACAUUCCAUGGGUUUGUGUCCUCUCCUCCCAGGAGUGGGCCCUCUAGUUCCAGGAGAUCUGAGUUCACCCCCUUCUCAGAUAAUGACAUGAGUCUGUUAUCUGAGAUUCCUCAGAGUACAGCUGUGAGGUCUGAUGACCAGUCCUUGCCUGAUCUCGGAAUGUCAACCGGAUCCUUUGGGUCUGAUUUGGACACACCGAUUCCAUUUUCAGAGGAACGGUUUGGUCUUGGGGAGAAUCGCCUUUCUGAUAUUCAGGAAUUGGAUACUGCAGAAGAAGAGCUUAAUUUUCUGGAAGUUGACGAUGCCUCACCAUGUGGUUCCUGGGGAGGCCAAGGAGGCGAAUCACUUUCUGUUAGAACAAGGGCUGUGGCUCAAUACCUGAAAAAACAGUCUCCAACUGCCUCAGUUGCCGAAGGACAGUCUGAAAACCUCAGUCUGAACAAAAUUUUGGAAGGAAAGAAACGAAGGCUGUGUGCUAGGAUGUUUUACGAGACACUGGUUUUGAAGAGCUAUGAACUUGUUGAUGUGCAGCAAGAAGAACCGUAUGGGGACAUCUCUUUGAAGCUGACUCCUACUUUCUCAAAGGCACAGUUGUGAUGAUGCAUUUUGCAUACAAAGUAAAAUGGUGGGGGGGGGGGGG